AUGGAUUUCAACAGCUCUUCACCCUACCCUGAGGGUGUCAUCUCCUUCCUCGAUACCGACUUGUACAAGCUGACGAUGCAAUGCGCCGUCUUCAAGUUUUUCAAAGAUGUACCCGUGACGUAUGCUUACACCAACCGAACUCCGGACAAGAAGCUGUCACGAACCGCGUUCAAGUGGCUUCAAGAGCAAAUUCGAAAGCUUGGAAACAUCUCCCUCUCCACCGAUGAAUACCUGUUUCUUAAAAAGCACUGCGACUACCUCUCUGCCGACUAUCUCACGUUUCUCCAGGAGUUCCGUUUGAAUCCCCGAGAGCAAGUAGUUGCAACAUUCAACCCUGUUGGUGAAGACAAUGGAGAUGACUCUAUCGUUGGCGACGUCAACAUCCAGAUUAAGGGAACAUGGGUCGACACGAUUCUCUACGAGAUUCCGAUGCUUGCACUGACUUCUGAGGCGUACUUCAAAUUCAUGGACACAGAUUGGAACUAUGAAGGACAGAGAGAACAAGCAACUGAGAAGGGCCUGAAGCUGUUGGAAGCAGGAUGUAUUACAUCUGAGUUUGGUACACGAAGGCGUCGCGACUAUCACACUCAGGCCCUGGUCUUCCAAGGUUUGGUAGAAGCUUCAAAGAAGGCGGAGGAGAAGGGCUUCCCGGGCAAGCUUUCAGGAACCAGCAAUGUCCAUCUAGCUAUGCGCUUCAACAUCCCCCCUGUCGGAACUGUUGCUCAUGAAUGGUUCAUGGGAGUUGCUGCUAUUAUUGGUGACUAUAAGCAAGCUACCGAGGUUGCACUACGACAUUGGGUGGCCUGCUUUGGCAACAAGCUUGCCAUUGCUCUGACCGACACUUUCGGAACCCAGGAAUUCUUGCGUGCAUUCACCCAGCCUGUGCAGGUCAUGGAAGGAGGCUUUCCUGCGGAGACAUUCAAGAAGCCUGAUGGAACCAUGAAGACUUAUGCCGAGACCUUUUCUGGAAUUCGACAAGAUUCUGGCGACCCUGCAGAAUACACUAAGUGGAUGAGAGAGUUUUACGAUAAGCAAGGAAUAACAGACAAGAAGGUCAUUGUUUUCUCUGACUCAUUGAACAUUGAAAGAUGUCUGGAGUACAAGAAGGUUGCCGAAGAACUUGGCUUCCAGCCCACCUUUGGUGUAGGAACAUACCUUACCAAUGACUUUGUUCACCUAAGCACUGGAACUAAGUCUGUCCCUCUGAAUAUUGUCAUCAAGAUCAGCUCAGCGGGAGGCCGUCCAGCUGUCAAAAUCAGCGACAAUGCUGGAAAGAACACAGGCGACAAAGAGACCGUUGAAUUGGUCAAGAAAGAGCUUGGAUAUGUUGAGCGCGAAUGGAAGGAGGGCGACGAAACCUCGCGUUGGGGAAAGGAAUAG